CGGCCGGAGGGUGGGGUCUGGCGUGCGGGGCGGGCGCUGCCGCCUGGCCGGCUGCGCUGGCCCAGGAUCAGGGAGCCGAUGUGGAAUUUCCUGCCCGGCUCGGCGCCCCUCCUGCCGCCCCCCGCCCGGCCUCGCACUCCUCUUCCGGCCGCCCUCGCCGCGGCCGCACCCGCGCCCGCGCCCACCCGCGCCUGCCCCGCGCCUCAUGGAGGGCGCAGGGUCCCGGGGGGCCGGGCCGGCGCGGUGCCAGGGAGCCCGAGGGCCGCCGCCGCUGCUGCUGCUGCUCUGGCUGCUGCUGGGUCUCGCGGCGCCCCAGGAGUUGAACCCGCGAGGCCGCAACGUGUGCCGCGCGCCCGGUUCCCAGGUGCUCACCUGCUGCGCUGGCUGGAGGCAGUUGGGGGAGGAGUGUGGGAUCGCGGUGUGUGAAGGCAAUUCCACGUGCUCAGAAAACGAGGUGUGCGUGCGGCCAGGCGAGUGCCGCUGCCGACAUGGUUACUUCGGUGCCAACUGCGACACUAAGUGCCCACGUCAGUUCUGGGGCCCCGACUGCAAGGAGAGGUGCAGUUGCCACCCGCACGGACAGUGCGAGGACGUGACCGGACAGUGUACGUGUCACGCGCGCCGCUGGGGUGCGCGCUGCGAACAUGCGUGCCAGUGCCAGCAUGGCACGUGCCACCCGCGGAGCGGCGCGUGCCGCUGCGAGCCGGGCUGGUGGGGUGCGCAAUGCGCUAGCGCGUGCUACUGCAGCACUACCUCAAGGUGCGAUCCACAGACCGGCGCCUGCCUGUGCCACGCAGGCUGGUGGGGCCGCAGCUGCAACAACCAGUGCGCCUGCAACUCCUCGCCCUGCGAGCAGCAGAGCGGCCGCUGCCAGUGUCGCGAGCACACAUUCGGCGCGCGCUGCGAUCGCUAUUGCCAGUGCUUCCGCGGUCGGUGCCACCCGGUGGACGGCACGUGCGCCUGCGAUCCGGGCUACCGGGGCAAGUAUUGUCGUGAGCCAUGCCCCGCUGGCUUCUAUGGCCUGGGCUGUCGCCGUAGGUGUGGCCAGUGCAAGGGCCAGCAGCCAUGCACUGUAGCCGAUGGCCGUUGUGUGACCUGCGAACCAGGCUGGAACGGAACCAAAUGUGACCAACCCUGCGCCACAGGUUUCUAUGGCGAGGGUUGUGGCCACCGCUGCCCGCCCUGCCGCGACGGGCAUUCCUGCAACCAUGUCACUGGCAAGUGUACGCGCUGCAACGCGGGCUGGAUCGGCGACCGGUGCGAGACCAAGUGCAGUAACGGCACUUACGGUGAGGACUGUGCCUUCGUGUGCGCUGACUGCGGCAGCGGCCACUGUGACUUCCAAUCCGGGCGCUGCCUUUGCAGCCCUGGUGUUCACGGACCUCACUGUAAUGUAACGUGCCCGGUCGGGCUCCACGGCGUGGACUGUGCCCAGGCCUGCAGCUGUCACGAGGAAUCAUGCGACCCGGUCACCGGUGCCUGCCACCUGGAGACCAACCAGCGCAAAGGUGUGAUGGGCGCGGGCGCACUGCUCACUCUGCUCCUCGGCCUGCUGCUCUCGCUGCUCGGCUGCUGCUGCGCCUGCAGGGGCAAAGACCCGGCGCAACGGCCCCGCCCCCGCAGGGAACUCACGCUUGGCAGGAAGAAGGCACCUCAACGCAUUUGCGGGAGCUUCAGCCGCAUCAGCAUGAAGCUGCCCCGGAUCCCGCUUCGCAGACAGAAGCUGCCCAAAGUCGUAGUGGCCCAUCAUGACCUAGACAACACACUCAACUGCAGUUUCCUGGAGCCGCCCUCGGGGCUGGAGCAGCCCUCUCCAUCAUGGUCCUCCAGGGCUUCCUUCUCAUCCUUUGACACUACAGAUGAAGGCCCUGUGUACUGUGUGCCCCACGAGGAGGCGACCACCGAGAACCGAGAUCCAGAAGCUCCUGCUGCUCUGGCUGAGGUGCCCGCUACAUCUCUAGCGCCCGGGAGCACCCCGGCGCCCGCGGAGGAGGCAGCGGCUCUCCCUGCAUCCUCAGACAGCGAGCGCUCGGCGUGCAGCGUGGAGGGGCCCGGGGGGGCACUGUACGCGCGUGUGGCCCGGCGCGAGGCCCGGCCGGCCCGGGCCCGAGCUGAGGCUGGGGGCUUGUCACUGUCUCCGUCGCCCGAGCGCAGGAAACCGCCGCCACCCGACCCUGCCACCAAGCCUAAGGUGUCCUGGAUCCACGGCAAGCAGGGCUCCGCGACCGCUGCACCGUCACCGCCGCCCGCAGGCCGCAUGGCUGCUGCGCGGAGCCCUAGCGGGAGGAAACGGACCCCCAGCAACACGUCGGUGCAGCCCCCGGGCCUGGCCGAGGAGGUCCCCGCCUCGACCGCACCCUCGCCACCCCGGGCCCGAGCGCGCGGCCGCGGCCCGGGUCUCUCGGAGCCCACGGACGCGGGUGGUCCCCCGCGCAGCGCGCCCGAGGCGGCCUCUAUGCUGGCAGCCGAGCUGCGCGACAAGACUCGCAGCCUGGGCCGCGCCGAGGGGCCGCCGGGACCGCGCGAGAAGCCGCUGCCGCCGCAGAAGGCCAAGCGUUCCGUGCUCACCGCCUCGACGGCCCGCGCGGCCGCGGCGUCGGAGGCCACGGCACCCGAGAAGGCAGCGGCCGGUGCAUCUGUGCCUGAGACCCCUCGGAAGAAGACUCCCAUCCAGAAACCGCCUCGGAAGAAGAGCAGGGAGGCGGCUGGGGAGCCGAGCAGGGCGGGAGCGCCGCCCGCAGCUUCCUAGGCUCGCAGCUCCGCGAGCCACAGCGUUUCCCGGCGUGGUUUCCCGCGGCCGCAGCGAAGCAUUUCAUUGGCCCAAGCACCUAGUGCCCGGCCGGACGCUGUGUCUGAUUGGCCCAGGCUCCAGCAGCCGCCGCUUUUUUGGAUCUGCUCUUAAGCCUGGCAGACACUUAGCUGGCUGCGUGCUCCCACUAGCAAUGUCGUGGAGCUUUUCUAGUAAUCUGCGUCUCAUUGGCCAAGGCUGGGAGAGCCUACAGACUUCUUACUGGCCAAGAGUGUGCUUGGCUGGGCUAUUCUGUUAUUGGCUGAUGCCGAGCAUGUUUGCCUCUUGGCUGCUUCUCAAUUGCCAGGGCCUGGUGCCUAUGGCUGUAGGGUCUUUUCUUGAAGAUGGCCAGAGGCUGCUCCUAUUGACUGGGCUCCUGAGUAUCUGGUUGGCCUGAACAUGGGGAGGAGAGCUGGUCUCUGCCCCUCAGGGGGCUCAGCGCACCUUGGCCUGUCCCUUCUCCACUGAGCCCUGGUCCCUCAGCUGUCAAGCUGGUUUUGAUGGCCUCCCACCACCCCACAAUUGUGGGAACCCCAGGGGCGACUCUGGUGGCCUUAGAUAUAUUUAUAGGCCCCAGGCAGGGCUGCUCCCAUCCCAUCUGGGGCCUCCAGGAUGGGUUCCUCCUAGCAGGGCCAAGCCAAAGCUUUUGUAAUAAAACGCUUCUCCCCA